UAAAAUUUGGGCAAUGGCGUCUGCUCUGUGCAUUCCCCCCUCCUUUGCGCGGCCAACUGAAACGCCCCUACGAUGUUAUUCCCAUGGAAUUUCGGCAAAAUUUCGGCAAUUUUCUCUCUCUUCUCGCCAUGAAACCUUGGUGGAGAUCCAGAAUUCCGGUGUCAUUGCAUGUCUUCGCGCUCAAAGUGGACAGCUUGCUAUGGAGGCUGCUUGUGCGGCUCUCAGAGGUGGCAUAUCAAUGCUAGAGGUUGUGGUGUCUACUCCAGGUGUGUUUGAGGUGAUAACAGCACUCACGAAGGACCAUCCUUCAUCGAUAAUUGGAGCUGGGACUAUCUUAAAUGCUAAGGAUGCAACAUGUGCCAUAAAUGCUGGAGCAAAGUUCCUCAUGAGUCCUGCUACAAUCAAGGAGAUUUUGAUUGAUUUGAGAGGAAGUUCAGUUCUCUAUAUUCCUGGAGUGAUGACCCCUACAGAAGUACUAAGUGCAUAUAAUGCAAAUGCAGAGAUUGUGAAGGUUUAUCCUGUCACCUCUUUGGGCGGACCUCAUUAUAUAUCUGCAAUAAAGAAGCCGUUUUCAAAUAUUCCGAUGGUUGCUUCUCAGGGCAUCACAAUAGAUACCAUGGAGUCAUAUAUUCAUGCUGGAGCAUCGGCUGUUGUUCUAUCAGAUGCUAUAUUUGAGAAGGAAGCAAUGAGGCGGCAGGAUUUCGAUGCAAUCUCUCAGUUGGCUAGUCUUGCAGCAUCACGUGGUAGAGCUGCCUUGCAUCGGUGAUGGAUUAUACAUACCAAUCAUUUGAGGUCCGUUUUCAUCAAUGGACGGUGGAGAUGAAGUGAUUUUUUGCUCACAGACUUAGAAGCAGCACAAUAGCUAAUCUCUACCGUUUUCAUGAGAAUGGCCGCGAUGUGUACCCAGCAAUGGAUGUAGGAGAGCUGAUGUGUAUACCCUACCCUGUACACACACCGUGCAUAAUAUGUUUUCCGAGUGGACAUAGGAUUGGUUGCUUCGUUGGAAUUUUAGAGCUGCUCUCUCUCUCUCUCCCUCUCUCAGAAUCUGCAGAGGAAAAAUAUAAUAUGGUCCAUAUGGUGUUGUAUCAAAUUAGUUAGGAAAAGGUUUUGAUGACGAUGAUGGUGUUGUAUCCAUGGGUCUAUCGUUGUUUGAUCAAUUGGUUGGACGAUGAUCGAGAGAAAGCAAUGUCACACACUUUACUAAUUGUAGUUGUAAUUUGUAUGGUGGAUUAAAUAUCUCUUUUGCCCAACAGAAUUAAUGUACCAUGCUCUCUUUUAGAAUAUAUUGGCUAUAGUUUA